AUGGUCAAGCUUCUCGUCGUCACUGGCGCGACCGGGAUGCAAGGUUCCGGUGUCAUCGACGCCCUCGCAACAAAUCCCGAGAUGGAAAAUUCGGGCGACAAGGCCAAAGCGCUUUUGGAUCGUGGAAUCGAGAUGGUAUCCGCCGAUAUGGAUGACGAAGAUAGUCUUCUUAAUGCCUUCAUUGGUGCCCACGCCAUUUUCGCUGUUACAGAUUUCUACGAACCAUUUGCGACAGGGAUCGGCCCUGAGAAGGCCAUGCAAAUCGAGUACGAACGAGGCUUGAAGUUAGCCCGGGCAGCUGCUAAAACAAAAACUCUGGAUCUUUACUUCUGGAGCACCCUACCCGCUGCGAAUGACUUGACGAAUGGCAAAGUGAAGGUUCCGCAUUUUGAUGCCAAAGCGGCCGUCGAUGCAUAUAUCAAGAAUGACAUUGCCUUGAACUCUAAGACGAUCUUCCUUUUGACGGGAUUCUACGCGUCUAAUUUCAACUACCCGCCUUUUACCCCCGUUUACUCGAAGCCAGCUGGACAAUACAUUCUUGCCCUCCCAGCUCGCUCCUCGUCUUAUCUCCCCUCACUGGGCCCAGUUAGUAACAUUGGAAUCACCGUCAGUGGUCUUCUUCAUUUUCCAUACCCUAAGUCGGCAAGUGGUCCCAAGGGAGGUCGAUAUGUUCACGUCACGACGGGAAAAUACAAAAUCCAAGACUAUUUCUCCAAAUGGGCUAUGGUAGCAGGCAAGGGGAGACUUCAGGUCUUAUCGGUUCCUUUUGAGCAUUUUGAAGCACUCCAUGGUAUGUGGGGAACUGAAUUGGGUCUUAUGGUGAAGUUUUGGGAAGUUGCUGGGCCCCCAAGGAUGUGGGGAACAGUCGGAGAAGGUGAUGUUAUGGUCGAUUCUCGUGAACUUGAUGGUGUGAAAGACAAUCUGGUCAGCGCUGAGGACUUUUGGAGUCGGGCUGAUUGGAGUCAACUUUAA